AUGCGCGUCGUGUGCUCCAAGCAGAUUGCACAAGGCGACGAUCCGUUGAUCCCGAACGAGGAAGUUGGCCAUCUUGCGGGCCUUACGCGCGACAAAUUGGAGGGCAGGGAAGCUGAAGCGAAGAAGUGGACGUGCGGUAUUUGCGCCUUCCACAAUCCGUCCGACAAACUCACGUGCGUACUCUGCGAUACAAGCAAAGCAACGUUCUUGCUCGUCAUGCCUGAAUUUCGAGCCGUUGCUGGGACUUUACCUCUUGACCAACUCAACGACAAGCAGCGCAGUGCAAAGAAUCGCAACCAGUGGAAGCGAAAGCACAAUGGAUCCGCGUGGGAAUGGCAGGCAUUUCCACCGGCCAACGCGCACGACUACCUGGUGCUGGCGGCCGCUUCCACCACCGACAGCCCGUGCCUCAUGCAGCCAUCGACGAUGUCGGCAGGCAGAUCUGUCCUUGGUCACGUGCUGCCGUCAUGGUGGUCUGGUCAGCUUGCCGAACUCCAAACAACACCAUUCUCCCUGAAAUACGCGUGGCUUCUCUCGUACUUGGCGACGGUAUAUCCUUCGCACGCCAAGCUAACGCUACGUCGCGAAUCCAUCUUCGACCAGUCCAUGUAUGCCUUGACCAAGGCUCCUACAGACCAGCUCUGCUUCUUGACCAUCAUCUCGCUGGUUGGAGAGAGCGCAGUCGACGCCGGCGGAGUCACACGGGAAUGGUACACGCUGCUCACGAUGGCCAUCAUGGAUGAACGGAGAGGGCUCUUUACAGUAACCAACAACGCCGACCAGUCCUACUACAUCAACCCCAACUCGGAAAACGUCCAUGGCGCGAACCACUUGGAUCGAUACUUGGCCAUCGGCCGGUUGCUGGGCCGAGCUAUCAUUGACGAGCAAGUCCUGCCAUUCCACUUUUGCGUCCCCCUCUUCAAGAUGCUCCUGGGGUAUCCUGUCUCCAUGGACGACAUUCGGUAUCUCGACCCGACUGUGUACUCGAGCCUCGUGUACGUCCGAGACUGCGACGACGUCGACGAUCUCGCGCUCACGUUCAGUGUGACGGUGGACGAAGCCGGGUCGGAGGUCGAGCUUGUGGUUGGCGGACGAGAUAUCGCCGUCACGAACGCCAACAAGGCCGAGUACGUGGACAGGAUGGUGCAGUACUUGCUGUUUGACCGGGUCGCGCCGCAGCUACAGCAUUUGGUCCAGGGCCUGUACGACGUGCUGCCGCAGGAGCUGUUGAUGCCGUUCGAUUACAAGGAGCUCGAGUUGAUCCUGUGUGGGUUUUCCGAGAUCGACGUGGCCGACUGGAAGCGGUCGACGAUCGUGUCCAAGUCGUUGGAGGACGUGGUCGGUUGGUUCUGGGACGUCAUCGAGUUUGACAUGACGGCGUCGGAGCGGGCCAAGCUGCUCCAGUUCACGACCGGAUCGUCUCGCGUGCCGUUGCAGGGCUUUCGUGCGUUGACGAGCCAGCUAUGCCCGUUUUCGCUGCACGGCGUGCCGUACGAGCGCGGCGUUUUCCCCAAGGUGCACUCGUGCUUUAACCGCAUCGACCUCCCGAUCUACCCCACGAGGGCGCUGCUGGCCGAGGGCCUGUGUGCCCUUGUCAACAUCCAGAGCAUGGCGUUCACGAUGGUGUAGGCGUCUUCGUAUUUAAAUCCGACGCAGAACCACAACGUCUUUUGCCACAACGUCGAUCGAAACGACAGCAUGUCUCGUUCAUGGAUGCGGUGGCAUUUCGGGAUGGGAGGUCGCGUCGUCAAGCGUCUACUGGCAGAGCAAUCCUGAAGCGUUGGCCACCGCCUCCACAAAAAUUCCCACGUGGGGCAAUCGAAAGUCAUCGAAAGGAGCGUCCUCCACUCGACCAAGCGCGGUCGCCCUCGG